CUUGUUUGAACCCAAAUGACUGCGACACUUCUUCCCCAGAGAGAACGGACUUCCUUGCUCAGAUCUUCUUCCUCAUGGCAUUGUAACACGAGUUAGUGUGAAGUCUCUCUGAGACUGAACCACUAUCCCAUCCUUUCUCACUUUGGAGGACUGUGCUUUUUUGGUGUGGUAAUGGCGGAAGCUGCGGAGACCAAAGCAGUGGCUGAGGCAGAGAAGAAGAAGGAGCAGAGUUUAUCCUUUUAUCAGCUCUUCUCUUUUGCGGAUAAGUAUGACUGGUUGCUCAUGAUCUCUGGGAGCGUGGGAGCUAUUGUUCAUGGCUCCUCCAUGCCGGUUUUCUUUCUUCUUUUCGGUGAAAUGGUUAACGGGUUUGGCAAGAACCAGAUGGAUUUGAAGAAAAUGACGGAAGAAGUAUCAAAGUAUGCUCUGUAUUUUGUGUACCUUGGCCUUGUCGUUUGCAUAUCAUCGUAUGCGGAAAUCGCUUGCUGGAUGUAUACCGGGGAGAGGCAAGUGAGCACGUUGAGGAAGAAGUAUUUGGAGGCAGUGCUUAGACAGGACGUUGGUUUCUUCGACACGGACGCCAGAACAGGGGAUAUUGUUUUCAGUGUCUCCACUGAUACUCUGCUUGUUCAAGAUGCUAUCAGCGAGAAGGUAGGGAACUUCAUACACUAUCUCUCAACUUUUCUGGCGGGUUUAGUGGUUGGUUUUGUGUCGGCAUGGAGGCUGGCGCUUCUGAGUGUGGCGGUGAUUCCAGGCAUUGCUUUUGCCGGUGGCUUGUACGCUUAUACACUCACUGGCCUCACUUCAAAGAGUCGCCAAUCUUAUGCCAAUGCCGGCAUAAUCGCCGAGCAGGCAAUUGCUCAAGUUCGAACUGUUUACUCAUACGUUGGUGAGAGCAAGGCCCUUAAUUCUUAUUCUGAUGCAAUACAAAACACGCUGAAGCUGGGAUACAAGGCUGGAAUGGCCAAAGGUUUGGGUCUAGGAUGCACAUAUGGGAUAGCAUGUAUGUCCUGGGCUUUAGUCUUUUGGUAUGCUGGCGUCUUUAUCAGGAAUGGACAGUCCGACGGAGGCAAGGCUUUUACCGCCAUUUUCUCCGCCAUUGUUGGUGGCAUGAGUUUGGGGCAGUCGUUUUCUAAUUUAGGGGCUUUCAGUAAAGGUAAAGCUGCAGGAUUCAAGUUGAUGGAGAUAAUCAAGCAGAGACCUUCCAUAGUGGAAGACGCAUCAGAUGGAAAAUGCUUGCCUGAGGUUCAUGGGAAUAUCGAAUUUAAAGAUGUCACUUUCAGCUAUCCAUCCAGGCCCGAUGUCAUCAUCUUUCGCGAUUUCGCAAUCUUUUUUCCUGCGGGGAAAACAGUGGCCGUUGUUGGCGGAAGUGGGUCUGGAAAGAGUACAGUGGUUUCACUGAUAGAGAGGUUCUAUGAUCCUAAUGAAGGGCAGGUUUUACUGGAUAAUGUAGACAUUAAGACGCUAGAGUUAAAAUGGUUACGUAGUCAAAUCGGGCUGGUGAAUCAAGAACCUGCACUGUUUGCAACUAGCAUUCAUGAGAAUAUACUCUACGGAAAACCUGAUGCAACCAUGGCUGAAGUAGAAGCUGCUGCUUCUGCUGCAAACGCUCAUAGCUUCAUUACCUUGCUUCCAAAUGGCUAUAAUACUCAGGUGGGAGAGCGAGGAGUUCAAUUAUCAGGUGGUCAAAAACAGAGGAUUGCAAUAGCGAGAGCUAUGUUGAAGAAUCCAAAGAUUCUUCUUUUAGAUGAAGCCACCAGUGCUCUUGACGCAGGUUCUGAAAGUAUUGUGCAAGAAGCACUGGACCGCCUUAUGGUUGGUCGUACGACUGUAGUUGUCGCCCACCGUCUUUCCACCAUAAGAAACGUAGACUCCAUUGCCGUUAUACAACAAGGACAAGUAGUUGAGACAGGGACGCAUGAAGAGCUGAUUGCCAAGGCCGGAACCUACGCGUCACUGAUUAGAUUCCAAGAAAUGGUUGGAAACAGAGACUUGUCCAACCCAUCAACUCGCCGGACUCGUUCAUCUCGGUUGAGCCAUUCGCUUUCGACCAAGUCUCUGAGCCUUCGGUCCGGGAGCUUGAGGAAUCUGAGCUACCAGUACAGCACCGGUGCAGAUGGUCGGAUUGAGAUGGUGUCAAAUGCAGAAACGGACAAGAAAAAUCCGGCUCCUCAGGGUUAUUUCUUCCGACUGCUCAAGUUAAAUGCCCCAGAGUGGCCCUACUCAAUCAUGGGAGCUGUAGGCUCUGUUCUUUCUGGGUUCAUUGGCCCAACAUUUGCCAUUGUGAUGAGCAAUAUGAUCGAGGUAUUUUACUAUAAGAAUUAUGCAUCCAUGGAGAAAAAGACUAAGGAGUUUGUUUUCAUAUAUAUCGGAGCUGGUCUUUAUGCCGUGGGUGCAUAUUUGAUACAACAUUACUUCUUCAGUAUCAUGGGGGAAAAUCUCACCACAAGGGUUCGAAGAAUGAUGCUUGCCGCAAUAUUAAGGAAUGAAGUUGGAUGGUUCGAUGAGGAGGAGCACAACUCAAGCCUGGUUGCAGCUAAGCUUGCGACGGAUGCUGCUGAUGUGAAGUCUGCUAUUGCUGAGAGGAUCUCAGUGAUUCUGCAGAACAUGACUUCUCUGCUAACUUCAUUCAUAGUUGCUUUUAUCGUGGAAUGGAGGGUUUCUUUGCUCAUCCUCGCAACCUUCCCUUUACUGGUUCUGGCUAAUUUUGCCCAGCAACUGUCACUGAAAGGGUUUGCAGGAGACACGGCGAAGGCACAUGCAAAGACAAGUAUGAUCGCCGGAGAAGGAGUGAGCAACAUCAGAACAGUCGCUGCUUUCAAUGCUCAGAACAAGAUCUUAUCUCUCUUCUGCCACGAGCUUCGUGUCCCACAGCGCCGGAGCCUCCGUCGCAGCCAAACUUCCGGCCUCCUCUUCGGUGUCUCCCAGCUCGCUCUUUACGCCUCUGAAGCACUCAUUCUCUGGUAUGGUGCCCACCUCGUCAGCAAAGGUGUCUCCACCUUCUCCAAGGUCAUCAAAGUUUUUGUCGUCCUCGUCAUCACAGCUAAUUCAGUUGCAGAAACUGUGAGUCUCGCUCCGGAGAUCAUCAGAGGUGGUGAAGCUGUCGGCUCCGUCUUCUCAAUCCUCGACCGUCAAACGAGGAUCGACCCAGAUGAUCCCGACGCCGACCCGGUGGAAACAGUUCGCGGAGAAAUUGAACUCAGACACGUGGACUUCGCAUACCCGUCACGACCCGACGUGAUGGUGUUCAAAGAUCUUAAUCUCAGGAUCCGCGCAGGGCAGAGUCAAGCUCUUGUGGGAGCAAGUGGGUCCGGCAAGAGUUCAGUGAUCGCACUGAUUGAACGUUUCUACGAUCCAGUUGCAGGGAAAGUUAUGAUAGACGGAAGGGACGUUAAAAGACUAAAUCUCAAGUCACUGAGGCUCAAGAUCGGGCUAGUCCAACAAGAACCGGCCCUGUUCGCAGCAAGCAUAUUGGAUAACAUAGCCUACGGCAAAGAAGGCGCCACCGAAGCAGAGGUAAUAGAAGCGGCGCGUGCAGCCAACGUGCACGCAUUCGUGAGUAGUUUGCCAGAAGGCUACAAGACUCCAGUUGGGGAGAGAGGGGUUCAACUAUCGGGGGGACAGAAACAGAGGAUCGCCAUAGCCAGGGCGGUUCUGAAGGACCCUGCAAUACUGCUAUUGGACGAGGCGACGAGUGCGCUUGAUGCGGAGUCAGAAUGUGUGCUUCAAGAAGCGUUAGAGAGGCUGAUGAGGGGUCGAACCACCGUGCUUGUGGCUCACCGAUUAUCAACCAUAAGAGGCGUCGACAGUAUUGGGGUGGUGCAAGACGGACGCAUCGUAGAACAGGGGAGCCACGGCGAGCUGGUUAGCCGACCGGAGGGCGCAUAUUCCAGACUCUUGCGGCUACAGCAGCAUCGCAUGUGAAGACCGUUAUAAUUUGAUUUUAUGAAUAUAUGAAGACGACCUUGCUGGGGUUGAUCGUUAUGUUUGCGUAAUUUAGUUGACCUAGUUCGUGCUCGUUUCUUCUGUAGAUGUGGAUAAUGUGGGGAUAUGGGGGGUUUGUACGUUGAGGACAAAGUUGCUCUGUUUGCAAUGGAGCCCACAGUAUUUAUAAAAUUAAUCACUCGACAAU